CGGAUCUUUUCGCGCGCAGUUAACAGUGUGGACUCCGUGAUCUAGAACGUGCAGCCGAAACGUCCAGCCAGCGCUCGGAUAGGUAACAGUAAAGAUGCUUUCCAAGGACUAUGGCCAGCUUCUACUCGUGAUGUACUGUGGCCCUGCGCUGGUGGUGCUACUGACGCUGCAAACCGUUUCUGGUACGCAAGGAUCCCCGCAGUACGCGGACGUGUCCUCGCAACGGAAGGCACACUACUGUGGAACUAAGCUGAGCAAUACGCUGGCAGAGUUGUGCAACAGAUUUAACGGAUUCCGCAAGAAAUCAGAGCACUCCGUAGCGCACGCUUCAGAAGAUGUCCACGGUGAACGACUUCUGGACGACGUCCAGAACGACGUUGACGAGCUGCGGAUGCUGCACGAUCGCUCGGGUGACAUGAUCUACAAAACCAUGAUGACGCUACAGCACCUGAACUCAAACAACCAGCACUUUGCCCGCGUCCGACGGCAGGUGGUGGCCGAGUGUUGCUAUCAGAGCUGUACGCUGGACACCCUGAAGAGUUACUGCGCGGACUAGAGACGGAGCGCCGAACCGGUGAACUGUGCACUCGAACCUCCUCUCUACUGCUGCUGCUGUUGUUGCGGUUCGCAAAGCACUGGAAACUAGCCCCCCUUAUUUAGCCGCUGUACCGCACAUCUGCUGGUGGAAUAAACGCACUAGAGCACGCGCACGCUAU